AUGGAGGACCAGCUCAGCUGCCCCAUCUGCCUGUGUCUGUACAGGAGCCCGGUGCUGCUGAGCUGCGGUCACAGCUUCUGCAAACAGUGCAUCGAGAAGGUGCUUGAUUCCCAGCAGCUCUCCGAGACCCCUUACUCCUGCCCCAUGUGCAAGCUCCAGCUGGGGCCCAUCCUGGAGCUGCAGAAGAAUUUCCAGCUGUGCAGCAUCGUGGAGGCGUUUAUGGCUACUUCCGAAGGGCAACAGGGCGAGAGCUCUGCAGAGGAGAAGAAGGAAGUGGUUCCCUGUGACUUCUGCCUGGAUCCACCCAAGCCAGCGGUGAAAACCUGCCUGGUCUGCGAUGCAUCUUUGUGCCAGGCCCAUCUGAACAAACACAACACCAAGGCUUCCAACAAGGACCACGUCCUGGUGGAGGUGGGUGCAGGCGCUGUCGUGGAGGAGAGGAGGUGCCAGGAGCACGGCAGGCUGCUGGAGUGCUACUGCCAGGACGAGGGGCAGUACGUGUGCAUGCUCUGCUCCAUCACAGGGUACCACAAGGGCCACAGCAUCAUCACCCUGAAGGAGGCCUACGACAAGCAGCUGGGUGAACUCUCAGACAUCAUGUCAAGGCUGCAGGAACGUAAAAGAGCUUUAGGUACUGCCCUAAAAGAGCUUCAGAAAGGCGAGAAUCAGCUCAAGACCAAUACAAAAACAGUGACUUCCCAGCUGCAAGAGCUGUUUGAAGAGAUAAAGACACAGAUAACUGAGAAAGAGAAGAAGAUCCUGAGCGACAUUCAAUCCAGUGAGAAAGAACAACUGGCAGACAUUACCGAAGUGAAGAAGAAAAUGGAACAGAAAAGAGCUAACACUGUGCAGCAUCUUCAGUCUUUGCAGAAGAUGAGAGAACAACCAGAUAUUUUCCUCUUUGUCAAA